GUCACAUGAUGGGAGAGGCCGGAAAUAGCUUUCACGCACCAGAAUCUUGGAGUCCAGGAUGGUGGUGAAGGUGUACAUCACUUCGGUGACCGGGUCCAGGGAGAUAAAAUCCCAGCAGUGUGAGGUGAUGAGGAUCUUGGACAGUAAGAGCAUUGUAUACGAGACAGUGGAUAUCUCCGUGGACAACAAGUUACGCGAAGAAAUGCGGGACAAGGCUGGGGACCCCAAAGCAUGUCCACCUCAGAUUUUCAAUGGGGAUGAGUACUGUGGGGGCUAUGAACUGCUUGCAGCUGCUGCAGAAGAGGAGAUCGUGGACCAGUUCCUGAAACUUAAGGCUUAGAAUCAUGUACGCGUUCACUGACCCAGCUUUGACACUUCCGUCGCCAUUCAUUCCUUCAUAAAGACAUAGACUUCUUACUGUUUCUUUACCAGAACAUACUUUUUCUUCUUAAUUUGCUUGUAGCAUUCCAUAAUUUAUCAUCCAUUCCAGAAAUCGCAUUCCUAGAAAUUGUAUUGCUUUUCAUUUAUUCCUGGGAUACUGGAAGCAAGGAAAACCUUUUAUUAUGAUGUUAUACAUUUCCUUCUCUGUUGGAAAUCAAGGGAUUUUCAACCAACAUUUUCUUUAUAUAUCUGUGAAUUUAUUCCAUGUGUUUUUUGCCAAAGAGGAAGUAAGAAGUCUUCCAAAGUGAUCAAUAAAUCUGCUUUUCACAUGG